GCAACACGACAGUCGGCUGUCUCAACCGCAACCCCAAUUCUUAUUAACCAUUGCGCCUGCUCCCUGUCUACCAUGUAGAUAAACCGACCGUUGACAUUACGUCCUCUAUUAGGAGCCAGCCCGAUGUCUGUCGACCGAACACUGACAACGGUCCUUGGACUCUACCAGGAUGUCCACGACGAUGCCAAGACAGAGCAAAUCUACGCGACGACGACGUCUCUGCUUACCCAUCUCUCAAACCCGUUGAACCUCUCCCUUCUCACCUCGCAACUACUGAAUUCGCCGGCGAUAUGGCGCCGUCCAAACCGUAUGCGGACUUGCUACCGCAUCAUCAGCAUCUUCAACACAGCCGCCAUUCACGUGCGGAGGAAUGAGGUCGAUAACUCCCGCCACCGGGGACCCCGAGUAGGGGGAGGUUUGAGCAGUGAGGCAUGGACUCGAGCCAUUGUCAAGGGGGCCGACGACCGAUCACCCAGAUGGAAGCACCUCCUAGUCCUCACCGGUAUAUUGAUGGGAAUGGAAGGCAAUGGGAGACAGUCAUUACCCUCCAGCCUGCGGAACACCCUCGAGCAUGCUGUCAUGACAGCCACGAAUCUCGCGUUAGGGCCGGAUGCCGAGGAAGGGUUAGCGGGUACGGGAGCCGUGGUUCUUGCGCUCAAUUACGCAUUUCCCCUCCUGUCGGAUUUGUCGCAAGCUUCGUUGGAUCACGAUCUGCUGCUCCCCUGCGCAAGCCGGGCCUUGCUGGGAGAAGAUGGCCUCAACAGCGGGCUCUUACUAAAUGCGGUCAAUAAUGAUGUGGUGCAAUAUGGGCAUAUAUUCGAUUGGCCGACAGCAUCCCCUUCGUUCCUUCAGCUCCAGCAUCUCGAUCAACAGCCAUUGAUUUCCGGCAUGGGCCCGCUGUCAAGGCUGCUGGCGUAUGGCAUCGAACAUGCCAGGGAUUCGCGCGUCGUUCUCCAAAUCCAGGACGACCUGGUGGUUUUCACCAAGAACCUGUUCGAGCAGUGGCAAGCCAACAAACUGGGUGGGCUAGAAGUAUCCGAGGAGGCGGCCUUCCUCACCCCGGAAACUCGAGACACUACAUGGCCUGCGCUUUGGCAGUUCCUGAAGAAGGUCAUGUAUGCGGUGGUCGCCGUGUUGCACCGCAUUGUUUCCCGAAGUCUUCUCGACCACCGACUCAGAAGCGAUGCUGUAGCUCCCUCAAUAGCUACAAAGUCCCUCCACGUGCUUCGAAAUCUCUGUUUUGUAUCUUCAUACCAUGGAAACAACGCCUUUCAGGUAUACACAUUCACUUACCUGGCCUCGAUUGACAUCCUCACACAGUACCCAGAGGCUUGCAAUGCCCUUCUCCAGGAGAUCAAACCCCCAAGUCCAGGAGUUAUUCCUGCCCAUCCGUUGCUCCGGAGCCUCGACCUCUUUUACCUCAACCUUGCCGAGCAUCUCCCGCUGAGCUUACCUUCUUGGGAAGCAUGUGACGCUCUGAUUGUGCAGCCGGCAACGACAUAUCUUAGCCAUUCGGCACCCCUGUCGGCUCGCAUGGUCGAGCUCUUUGAGUCGGCCCAUAGUGCCGUACUAUCGGCUCUUUCCUGCCCAGAUAACGCGCCUCUCACGGUGCAGUUGGCGCCAUUCUAUGCAGACACACUAUUGAAGUCGUUUCCCUCACACAUAUCCCCCCGCCAAUUUCGCCUCGCCUUCAAAACGAUGAUGCAGAUCCUGUCCCCCCCAUUCCCGAUCUCGGCAACGCACCCCGGGCUUGCAGAGACGUUUCUGGAGAUGGUUCGCUUCCGAAUAGGCAGCGCGAACCCUGCGCCCCUCCCUCCGAGGCCGGACGCGCAAGGGCAGUCGGAUAUGUCUAGCCCAAGUUCGGAACAGAGCACCCUGGUUAUGACCCUGAUCGACUCCCUCCCCUUCCUUCAUCUGAGCAUAUUUGAGGAGUGGAUGAUGCUCGCGGCCGAGGCGGUGCACGAGAUUCCGGACCCGGCGAUGAGAGAAGCAGCUAAGAGGAGGUUCUGGGAUAUCCUUGUCAACGGGGAAAUGGACGUUGAGAGGUCCGCCAUUGGGGUGGCCUGGUGGGGCACGAAAGGAGGUCGGGAGCUGGUGCUCUCUGGCAGAUCGGGCGGAUCGGGCGAAUCAGGUCCAGACUCUGAGCAUCGGUUCUUGAUGAGCGGGGCGAUCCUAGAGGGGGCCACGGGGAGCAAGCUGUGAUCUCAUACGCUCUACAUAGGUACCCUGCAAGGCCCUGCAAGGCUGGCGUGAUCGGGUUAAGCAACAUGCUGCCAUUGCACUAGAUAUGUACGGAAUAUUGAACCCUACGAAUGGGAGUUUGUCCGGAUAGGGGGAAGCUAGGGUGGGUCAUCCUUGCUCAGCUGGAAGACAGGGGUAGGGGUGGGAGCUGGCUGGCUGGUUAUCGUAUCCCUCAAGCGGAGCGCCUUGAUGAUCGCCGAAUCGCAAUCGAAUCGAUUGCGGCAGCAUGACGCCAUUUAGCGCGCCAGAAUACCUACUGUGUACAUCCUACCCAGCUUGUACAGUACAACCCCUUUGCAACAAAGUGAAGAGAACCUU